UGUACAGAACAAAGAAUUCAAUGAGAAUAUUUCAUUCAUUCAGAUCUAGGAUGUGUUAUUUGAGUCUUCCCUUUAUUUUUUUGAGCAUUGUGUGUAUAUAUAUAUAUGUAUAUAUAGACCAAAACGUUAAUGUGUGUGCUUGAAAAUUACACUUACCAAGGUGAAGAAAUGUUAUGUAGCUAGUACUGUUUUAAUAGUUUGUCUUGUUCAGGUAAAAAUGGGAAAAACAAACAAACAAAAACAAAAAAACUUAAACAUUCACAAAGCCUUGACAACUCUCAGUUAAGAUCACUUUGUAAAAAUUACUAGGUCUAGCUGCUUCAAAGGAAAAAAAAAAUGCAUUUUUAUGUAUCAAAAUUUCAUCAAAUUAAAUGAUCUACUUAAUUCAUUAUUCAGUUAGAAAAGUGAAAGUCAUGUUUCACAUGGAUUCAUCACACAUAGGAGAUACAUUUCACAAGUUUAUUUCUGUUCAUUCUAGUGAAUAUGGCUUACAGAUAAUGAAAUCCCAAAAUUCAGUUUCUUUGGAAAUGUCAGUCUUUCAUAAGAUUUUUAUAGAGACAUGUUGUGACCUUCACAAUCAUGUGAGGGAAUACUGACUUUACAGAUGUCUAGUAGAACAAGGGACAGGACUGACUGUACUUCCUGAGGAAGCUUCAGUUCUUCUGUGUUUGCAGCAGGAUGCUGCAGAUCUUCAAAAAGUCUGUUGUGGAGAGUGACAUCUCUUCUGUCAUCCUCUGUAGAGGUAAAGUAAUCAGAGCCAGUGACUUAAAAAGCUCAACAAGCUGAUAAGGAAGACUGGCUUUGUUCUGGGAACUGCUCUGGAGCCUCAUGAUUGUGUAAAUAAGGGUUCUUAAUAAAAUAAAAAAUAUUUAAUAGAGAACCUUGAACCUCGUCUUCACGAGACAACAACAGAGUGUAAUCAGUCUUCACAUCCACUACAGGAGAGCCUUCCUGCCUGAAGCCAUCAUCAUAUGUAAUGACUCUAAGGAAAUUUGGAUAGUAAGAAUUACAACAUUUAAUUUCCCUUUGGGAUCAAUAAAGCAUUUUUGAAUUUAAUUUAAACAAAUUGAACAGGAACAGGUGCUUGGAAUACAUUAAACAUAUUGAAUCUAUAUAUGAAAUGAGUUUCACUGAAUUACUGAAAUCAUCAAAUUUUUUAGUGAUGUUUGAAUUUCUUGAGCUGGUGCCAUAUAAUCAACAUAUACACGUACAAAUGUAUAAAUGUUAAAAGAUACAUGCCAUUUAUAUUCUUUUCUACCUAUGCGGUAUAUAUGAUUGACGGAACCUACUGACUAUGAUAUCAGAGAGGAAAUGAAUUAAUUCAUUAUUUAAUUAAUAGUAAAUACUCAUAAAUCCUGAUUCAUUAAUCACUGAUUUACAACACACCAUCUUAUAUAAUACGUUUCGCAAUUAUACUUACGCAGAUGCAUACACGUUUUACUCAUGCAUUAGUUUAGGAGUAACUUGUUUUUAUAACUGAUUUAUAAACUUUUUCCAAGUCUUCUUGAAUUCUGUUAUGUUUAUGUCAAUGAUAUAACUGAUUGACAGAACUGUACUUUUCUAGAAACCCCUUAAGAUCAGGCAAUAAAGUGGCUGCAGAAACUCAACGCAUACAUAUUCAGUUCUUACAGUUUCGACAUGUGGUCUUCCAAAAUUCUUUUAAGAAAUAUUGAAAGAUCAGAACAGAUCCAAAGCUAUACAUGUUUCUGUAAAAGACAUUUCUGAUUAGUCAUGUCAUGCAACAUCAGAACCCAAAGUUAACAAAUAACCAAGAAGAACAAUGUUUCUCACAUCGGCUGAUGUUUUUGUAGAUAAUUUAAAGAAAUAAGUAAAAAAGCCAUGGCAAAAAACAGGUCAAUUUGUUAAUGUGGCACCUAUUGCUACAUUUCUUCUUGUAUAUGUUCAAGUAGAGGAUUCAUUUUCAGAGAUCGCCCUGCUCAGACUGUGUCGGUCUGCGUCUGGUCAGCAAUAAGGGAAGAAAAAUCACAGACAUGUCUGUCCUGCAAGAAAUCGGCUCAAAUGUGAGAAACAUGAAGCAGCUGGAGAAUUCAGUCUUGGCCAGGCGGACCACCCAGAUCAAGGAGGAGCUGAGACAGGGAGUAAGAAAAUCCUACAAGGAGGUGAUCGAUGUCUCCUGGGGUGAUCCACACAAGGCAGGCGUGAAACCUCUUUCAUUUGUGAGACAGGUUCUUGCAGCGUGUCUCUACCCUCAGCUUAUGGAUGGAGACAAACUGUUGGUGGAUGUCAGGCAGAGGGCUCAGAGGCUGCUGAAAGCAUGUACAGGAGGCAGUGUAGGUUCAUACUCUGCCACAGCAGGAAUACCAGAAAUAGUUCAGAGAGUCUCUGAAUUCAUUAUGAGACGGGAUGGUGGGGUUCCAUCUCACCCUGAAAACAUCUACAUCUGCCCCGGCUCACAGUGGGCACUCACGAACAUUUUAACAGUCUUGGUGAAUCCCAAGGCCUCACCCAGAACAGGAGUGCUGACCCCAGUGCCAUGCCACUCCACCACUGUUUUAUCCCUAACAGCGCUGGGAGCGGUGGUGGUUCCCUACUAUCUCAGGGAGGAGAGUGGCUGGGCACUGGAGGUGGAGGAGCUACAGCGGGCUUUGGACUCUGCAAAGGGAGUUUGCAACCCACUUGCUCUGUAUGUCAUCAACCCCGGAAACCCAGCAGGUUAUGUUCAAAGUAGAAAAUCUGUGCAAGAGGUGAUCCGGUUUGCUGCAGAGAAGAGGCUGUUUCUUCUGGCUGAUGAGGUAUAUCAGGAGUGUGUUUAUGGGGAGAAAACUGAGUUUGUCUCCUAUAAAAGAGCUCUGGCUGAGAUGGGACGUCCUCUGUCAGACAGAGUGGAACUGGCAUCCUUCCACACGGCCUCUAAAAGCCUCAUGGGAGAGUGUGGUCUGCGUGGUGGGUACGUUGAGCUGGUUAAUCUCGACCCUACUGUAAUGAAACACAUCAACAGUCUAUUCUCCACCAAUGCCUGCGCACCAGUGUUGGGACAGAUUGCCCUGGAUGUGAUGAUGAAUCCUCCGCAACCAGGAGACCCCUCAUACCAUCUUUACGUGAAGGAGACACAGCACAUCAGGACCUCAGUAGCUGAAAAUGUGAAGAGGGUGGAUGAAGUCAUCAACAGCUUGCCAGGCUUCAGCUGCCAACAAGUGGAAGGAGGGGCGUUUGCAUUCCCCAGACUGUUUCUUCCACCCAAAGCCACCAAGAGAGCCGAGGAGGCUGGAAUGCAACCUGACACUUUUUACUGUUUGAGACUAUUGGAGGAGGCUGGGGUUUUGCUGAGUCCAGGUACUGACUAUGGACAAAAGGAGGGCACCUACCACAUCAGAUUUUGCAUCAUGACCUCUUUAGAAAUCAUGGAAGAACUACUCAGACGUUUGAGCAUCUUUCACAAAAGGUUUAUGAAGGAGUUUUCAUAAAAUCAAACAGGAAAAGCGCUCUUCUGGUUUUGCAGACUGUACAAAACGACAAAACUCAUGACCUAAUAUUGGCAAGUCUUCUUUAAUGUUUCAAUAAAUAUUUACAAUUUA